CCCUGUCAGUUGAGAUUCCGACCGCAGUGAGACGUCAGCUCUUCUUGUAUUGCAUGAAAACCUUGCAAUUCUGCUGUGAAGUGACUUUUAAAGUGAAUUCCCAGUUUUUAAUCGUCUGAAAUCGAGAGUGUACAAUAUUCAUUGGUUAAUCGGUUCCGUUCACGCGUUUAAUUCGUCUGAAGCGAGUAAAUUGACGUUUAACUUUUCGACUUUUCGAAAGCUGAAAAAUUUAUUUGAAAAAUUAAAGCAAUAUCUAAAGAGAUAACAAUCACGUAUCAGUAGUUGUGUGAACUCGGGUUUCACCUGUAUAAUACUAAACACAACAGAAUAUAGUAGAGAUUUUCUAAAGUAUCGUCGAGAUUGUUUAGAAAACAGAUUGAGAAAGAAGGAAGAAUAAGGAAUGGCUUGGCAAGGUGUGCCCGUAUAUUAUCAAGAUCCAAAUCAACAAUACUACGGUGGACAGCCCGGUUAUCUCCCAAAUCAAGGCUAUCCACCACAGGGCGGUUAUCCACCACCAGGAGGUUAUCCCCAAGGAGGUUAUCCACAAGGAGGAUACCCACAAGGUGGAUAUCCCCCACAGGGCGGUUACCCACAAGGCGGUUAUCCACCACAGGGCGGGUAUCCCCCGCAGCCAGGCUUCGCACCAAUGCCUCAACAGGGUUAUGGCGGAACCUACAAUGAUCCUGAACAAGGGAUGGACGAUGGAGAUGUCAAAGGUUUCGGAUUUUCUGAAGAAAGUAUAAGAAAGGCUUUCAUCAGGAAAGUGUAUUCAAUCUUGAUGAUACAAUUGCUCAUAACCUUCGGCGUAGUAUGUCUUUUCUCGUAUCAUAUGCCUACACAAUUAUGGGUUCGACAGCACAGUUAUCUGGUUUGGGUAGCGUUGGCCGUAAUGAUUGUAACUUUGAUAGCGAUGGCAUGCUGUGGAGAAGUUCGUAGGAAAUCUCCCACGAAUAUCAUAUUCCUUAUUUUGUUUACGAUGGCGGAGUCCUUUUUGCUAGGAGUUACAGCCGCCACCUAUAGAGCUCAGGAGGUUUCAAUCGCAAUAGGGAUAACAGCGGCUGUUUGUUUGGGGCUGACUCUGUUCGCAUUCCAAACUAAAUGGGAUUUCACAGUAAUGGGCGGUGUAUUGUUCGUUGCAUUGAUCGUUUUCAUGAUUUUCGGAAUUGUUGCAAUUUUCCUUCCUGGAAAAACAAUGACGUUAGUUUACUCAUCGCUAGGGGCACUGCUCUUCUCGUUCUAUCUGAUCUACGACACGCAAUUGAUAAUCGGUGGCAAACACAAAUACUCGAUAAGUCCCGAGGAAUAUAUUUUUGCCGCGCUCAACUUAUAUUUGGACGUCAUUAACAUCUUCAUAUACAUCCUAUCCAUUCUUGGCGCUUCACGUAACUGAAUAGCUUCACAUGGUGGUAAUAUUCUGACUACUACCAUAAGUGAUUGCGGCAAGGAUAAUAAUAGACCCUGUGAAACGUUCUUUCUACUAUUAUUAUUCCUCAAGCUAAGGAUGUUUUGUUUAUUUUGUUUUGGAAUUAUUACCUAUGAUUUUUCGUUUUGUUAUCUGAUAAGUAUUAACUAUUGUCCUUAUCUUUCCUUACGCUGCUUAUGAUGUUAGCGGGUAGAUUUCAUAUUUAUAUGUAAUUAUUAAACAAAAAAUAUAUUUUUUAGUUUUAUACGGUAACUGAAAUAUGAGGAGGUGAAUGCUGAUUUACAUGUAUAAGGAAAACGAACACUUUGAGAAUAUUACAAUAUUUUUUCAAUCAAUAUAUACAAUGUUUACAAUGUACAGUUGCGCAUUAAUAUAAAAUAUAUUCGCUAAAUCCCAAUAUACUAUCGAAAAAGCAACAAAAAAUUUCAUGGAACUUUCUAACGUUAAUAUUGAUGAUAAGAUACCAAAAAUUUAAACGAAAACCAAAUUCAUUUUAAUGUGGCGGCUAUUCAGGAGCGUGAUUGUGAAGGAUAGUCGAAAACAAAUGUAAAAAUGAUUUAAGGAAAAAAUAAAUAUUGAAAACUAUUAAAUA